UUAUUGUUUUUUUCUUGUGUCUUGUUUAUUCAUCAUUAUUUAUUGGGCGUGCCUUAAAUAUUUAGUUUUUCGAUUUAAUUUUGUUUAUAAAAAUAUGUUUUAGUUUAGCAAUUUUUAGAACUUAACGUAAAUAUGUUUGAAAAAUUGACGUUUGUUGUUCUUGUGGGACUUUUAGGUUUCAUAAAAGCUCAAUACGAUUUCAGCGAACAGAAAGUUAACCAUGUCAUCUGGUGCACAAAAAGUCAAGCGGAACAAUACAAAUGUCAAAAUUUAACAGUUGCAAUUGAACGAGAUCGUGCCUUGUUUGAUGACGCUUUACUCAAUCUAACAUGUUUUAUGGCUUACAGCGCCGAUGAGUGUAUUCAUCAUAUUGAUCAUGAAAAUGCCCACAUAACCACAUUGGAUGCUGGAGAUGUUUUCACGGCCGGCCGUUACAAUUCCCUGAUACCGCUGAUGCAAGAAAAAUUCGAAGGUGGAUUUACAAACUAUCAUUCGGUGGCCGUUGUUAAGGCUGGCACUUUGCCAGAUGUAACAAGUUUAAGAGAACUGCGGAAAAAGCGAGCAUGUUUUCCCUGGGUAGGAAGUAUGGCUGGAUGGAUUGUCCCCAUUUAUACGCUACAACGAGAAGGUGGUAUGGAAGUUGUGGAUUGUAAUAAUCAGGUAAAAACCGCGGCGAACUACUUUAACGAUUCCUGUGCUGUUUACUCUUUGAGAGAUAAAUACAAUCCAAUUGGUGACAACUCAGAUAAAUUGUGCACGUUGUGCACUGGGAAAGUUCCAAUAGGACGCUGCUCUGCUUCAGAUCCCUACUUUGGAUACGAUGGAGCCUUCCGUUGUUUACUCGAGGCUGGCGAUAUUGCAUUUUUACGUGAUUCAACGGUUUUUGAAAUGUUACAGAGUCCUGAAUUUAAAACCUUGUCACCAGAACGAUUUCAAUUGCUAUGUCGCGAUGGACGCCGUGUACCUGUUUCUGAAUUCCGGCAAUGUAACUGGGGUCUUAUACCCUCCGAUGCAAUUGUCACUUCUUCAGCCCGCAAUGCUUUGGAACGAAAAAAAUAUCAGCAAUUUCUGAAGAAAAUUAUGGAGCUUUAUUCUGAUGGCUUGAAGGAAGAGCCUCAAAACCAAGGGUUGACAGGAAAUCGGGGCAUCAACUACAACAACGAUAAUAACAAUAAUUAUGGUCGCAACAAUCCCUACGAGCCCUACGACAACAACUAUAAUUACAAUUCGAAUUCCUACGACCCCUAUAACCGUAAUCGAAAUCCAAACAGUGGACGCAAUGAUCGUUUAGAUAGCAGUUUCUCUACUGAACGCACGGAAGUUUUUAAUGAAUCCGUAACAUAUGAAAAGUUCCGUAUUUUUGAAUCUAAGCGUUAUGGAAAAACGAACUUGUUGUUUCAAGAUGUAGCUAAAUCAUUGGCCGUUAUAAACGAAGAUGAUCAAUCAUUUAGUAAAUAUUUGCAUAGUUCUAUUGAUUAUAUAUACGGCCUACGCGAGUGUCCUGUGUCUGCUAUGACAUUAUGUGUAACAUCAGACCCGGAAAUGGAUAAAUGCAUUAAAAUGAGGACUGCUUUGAGGGCACAAAUUUUAAAGCCGGAGUUGAUCUGCAAGAAAAUGCAUUCCCACAUAAAUUGCAUGCAAUGGAUACAAUCGGGCAAAGCCGAUAUAGCAGUUUUUGAUGCCGGCGAUGUAUACACCGGAGGAUUAAAAUUUGAUUUGAUUCCUUUUAUGUCUGAAGUCUAUAAUCUUGGGGAACCCGAAUACUAUGUGGUAGCUGUGGCCAAAGAGGAAGAUCGUGAUACCGAAUUGACGUAUUUAAAGGGUAAAUAUACUUGUCAUACAGGUAUAAAUACUGCUGCUGGGUGGACCUACCCAAUGGCAUACAUGAUUUCCAAUGGUUGGAUUAGACCCUAUGGUUGCGAUUCGGUAAGAGCUGCAGCUGAAUACUUUACCAAAUCUUGUAUUCCCGGUGCCAUAAGUAAUGAAUAUAAUACUGGAGUUCCUUAUGACAGUAUGUGCGAUCUCUGUCAUGGGACCAGCUACCGAUAUUGCCGUCGAGAUGCUUCCGAAGACUAUUAUGGGCACACUGGAGCAUUCCGUUGCUUAGUAGAGGGUGGAGGUCAAGUGGCCUUCAUGAAACAUACAACAGUUAUGGAAAGUACAGGUGGAAAACGUAAAGAGUGGUGGGCACGAAACACCUUAAAUGACGAUUUUGAACUGCUAUGUACUGACGGCAAGCGUGCCGAACUACAAGACUAUAAGAGAUGUAAUUUGGGCAAAGUUAAAGCAAAUGCAAUAGUAACACGUGGUGGCAUGCAAUAUAAUGAAACGCAAAUUAAUGCCUACAUAAACCUUCUAACAUAUGCUCAGCAACUUUAUGGUCGUAAGAAUGUCGAUGCAUUUAGUUUUAGUAUGUUCACCUCCCCAAUCAAUUACUACGACCUUAUCUUCCAAGAUGCAACUCGUCAAUUGAAAAUUAUUCCCCCUAAUCAACGGCGCUAUGACAUUUAUUUAGGCAGCGAUUUUAUGAGAGCCAGACGUAUAACCGAUUGUAAUGCUGGUUCCAUGAAAAUCUCGGCGUCUCUUUCGAUAUUAUUGGUUUUGAUAAUACCGUUAUUAACAUUAAGAAUCUCUUUUUAAAUCGAAAUUUUUUAUCUUCUAGUUUGAAACGAAACAUUCCAAAACAGUUUUAAAGAUCUAUGACGAUAAGUUAAGCAUAUGCAUACAAAAUGCUGGGAAAAGCAUGUAUCAUAGUUGAAUAGCUUUAGGUACAAAGUCGUUCACUCUACACAGCACAAAAUAUUUUUUACCUUUUAUUGAAUAAGAGACAGUUUAAUACAAUUGACAUAUUUAAGAAAAUUAUUAGGAAUGAAGUUUCAAUAGCGAUACGUCUACCUUGUAUCAGUUCAUUGUAGGACUUAUUAACUACUAUAGAAUUGUCAAUUAUAAAAGUGCCUUUUAAAAAUAUUUUACACUAUUUACAAAUUCCGUCCCAUAGAUUAUGUUUUAUUGUUUUAGUAUAAUUGAUAAUCCGUCCAAUAAAUUGUAUUUUACAGCACAUUUGUAUAAUUGAUAUUUUUCAAAAUA